GGGGGGACAAGACCAUUUUCUACAUACAUCACACAUUCACCUAUAUUGGGCACACGAUUUUAAUCUCGGAUUAUUAUUGAUUAUCUCUUAUUUUGAAAAGAACGCUAGCAAGCUAGGUGGCUGCGGACUGGCAAAGUAACAGUAUUCCAUCAAUGAUACCUCUCUGAAGAGCGGGCGGGAGGUGGGGCCGUGGCCCAUUUCACUUCCUUAAUCCAUGAACUCCAUCACGAAACGGACGGACGACGGUGGAAACGUUUCUCAAGUUUUUCCUUAGGAUAUAUUUAUUUAAUUGAAACGACUUUUGGUGACCAUGGCUGCUCUUUCAGCCUGGUUUUGGAACGAGAGAUUUUGGCUCCCACAUAAUGUGACUUGGGCGGACCUUGCAGACCCAGCGCCCGGGGUGGAGUAUCCUAAAGCCAGUCACUUGCUCUCUGCUUUACCGCUGGCUUUGGGGAUCUUUGCGGUCAGAAUACUAUUUGAGAGGUUCAUAGCCAGACCAUGUGCCUUCCUCUUGCAUAUCCACGCGACCUCAGUCCACUGGCGAGCCACACCCAACCCUGUCCUGGAGAAGGUGUUUACAUCCAUCACAAAGUGCCCAGACUGGCGACAUCUGGAUGGGUUAUCUAAGCAGCUGGACUGGGAUGUGAGGAAGGUUCAGCAAUGGUUCAGACACAGACGCAACCAGGACAAACCCAGCGUACUCACCAAGUUCUGUGAGAGCAUGUGGAGGUCUACAUUUUAUCUGUGCAUAUUUACCUAUGGCAUUCGUUUUCUAUGGCAGUGCCCAUGGAUGUGGGAUACACACCACUGCUGGUACAACUACCCCUACCAGGUCCUGACCCCAGGCCUGUACCACUACUAUGUGACUGAGCUGGGCUUCUACUGGUCCCUCAUGUUCUCUCAGUUUACUGACAUCAAACGCAAGGACUUUCCCAUCAUGUUCAUCCAUCACCUAGCAACAGUGAGCCUGAUCAGUUUCUCCUACGCUAACAACAUGCUACGUGUCGGGAGCCUGGUGAUGUGUGUCCACGAUGCAUCAGACUUCAUACUGGAGGCAGCCAAGCUGGCCAACUACGCCAAGUACCAGCGCUUGUGUGACUUCCUGUUUGUUCUGUUUGCAGUAGUCUUCUUCAUCACACGGCUCGUCAUCUACCCUCUACGGAUCCUGAACACAACGUUGUUUGAGAGCUGGGAGAUCAUUGGUCCAUACCCUUCCUGGUGGCUCUUCAACUCCCUACUGCUGGUGCUACAGGUGCUGCACGUCAUCUGGUCCUACCUCAUAGCCGGGAUCGCCUACAAAGCCUUGGUUCGAGGAAAGGUGUCUAAGGAUGACCGCAGUGACGUGGAGAGCAGCUCGGAGGAGGAGGCUGACACCAACAGAACCAAUGACAGGGGGGUUAAAAUGGCUUUCUCUCCUAAGGCAGAGAACGACACCAAUGGCACCAACGGCUACGCCGUCACCACUAAAAGCUGGCCACAGAUACGCACCAGCAGCAGAACUAACAAUGAUCGAUGACUAUGACAGCAUACGAUGGAUGAAUAGACACACUACUGUGACCCAUAGAAUCAAAACUGAUGAAAUGAAGAGAGAGAAAAAAAAGUGCAUUCCCUGAUGUCAAGUGAAUGGGUCUGUAGAUAUUUGCGGUACCUUAUGAACAUAGAAUGUUUGCUUGUAAUUCCAUUUGUUUAAUGUGAUGCUGCAGUUUGCCUGAGAUUCUCUUCUGUCCGUUUUAUUGGUCCGGUGGACUUGAGUUACUACUGUGUAUUUUAAGAAGUAAUUGUUCAGUUACUUUGUUUCUGGUCAGUUCUGUUCACUCUUUGUCUUAUUAAUAUGAGACCAAUGUUUAUUGAAUGUUUAACGUUUUUUUAAAUGUCUUUGGUAUAAAAAAAAAUGCAUAUGAAUUUAAAUGUGAAGAAGUCAACAGAAUCCUCUUCAGUGGAGAUCAUCCAUAGAUGUGGUGUGUAUUAGGGCUAAUAUGUGAGUGUUGAGUACAGAGACAAAAAUAGAUGUUUAUUUGUGUAA